CAAGUGGGUAAUGCACGCUCUUGUUGUGAGAUUGGGUCUUAUAACCCGUUCAACCCGGAGCUACACGGUGUCGUUUUACUAUCCCAGCGUCAGCCCUCAGGAGUCAGGUCAGACCAACAUCGCGCGUUUCUUCCCAAAAACAUUCUUUCCUCGAAAGCCGCAAUCGAUUAGGGAUUCGCUCUGCUGUUUCUUCCUUGUUUAUACAGAGCGAAUCAAAUUCAGGUUCGAAUCAUUAUACAUACAUAUUUCUUCAUCCUUCCUGUUAUUGUUUCCUUUUGGUUUUAUACGGAUUUCCGUUUGAAUUUUGUAUUCGUUUGAGAAUUUCGAUAGCAAUCUUGUGCUAUUGAAUUUGUAGUUAGUUUAAUAAAUUCGAUAUAAGAUUCAUCAAGCUUGGGUUUGGGGAUUUUGUAAUUAAAAAGGGGUAAACUGGUUAUAUAGUUUCGAGGGUUUAGUGCUAAUUAUUUGGAGUAUAAAUGGGGAAACCUACGGGUAAGAAGAAGUUACAGGCUGGAGUUGAGAAAGUUGUGAAACAGAACAAAGCAGAAAGAAGUUCGAAACAAAUCGAUGAAGAUACAGCUGUCUUCAUUCAAAUGUCUCAGGAGUUGAAGGAAGAAGGGAAUAAACUGUUCCAAAAGCGUGAUAACGAGGGGGCGAUGUUGAAAUAUGAAAAGGCCCUAAAGUUAUUACCUGGAAACCAUAUAGAUGUUGCUUCUUUACGAACGAAUAUGGCUGGUUGUUAUAUGCAGAUGGGUAUCGGGGAGUAUCCAAGAGCAAUACACGAAUGCAAUUUAGCUCUUGAAGUUGCUCCCAAGUACAGCAAGGCUUUGUUGAAGAGAGCUAAGUGCUAUGAAACUUUGAAUAAGUUUGAGUGGGCACUGAGAGAUGUUAGAAUUGUGUUGGGUAUGGAGCCUAACAAUGUCACAGCUCAUGAGAUUGAAGAUUCAGUUAAAAAGUCAAUUGAAGGAAAGGGGCUGAAACUUGAAGACAUUGAAGCUGUUCUAUCACAUGAAUCUAAUGAUCCUUCUGCAGUGAAGGUUGUCAAAGUGCUGAAAGAGAAGCCGAAAAGAAGGAAAAACAAUAAUAGGGUUGACAGAAAAGAUGUUGAAAAUGGCAAUAACAGCAAGAUUGAAGAAGUUACAGAAAGCAGGAGUGAAGAAUCCAAGGAAAUCAAAGGUGAAGAUGCUAAGGACAGAAAGAACAAGGCGAAGAGAGUUAGGGACAAAAGGGCCAAUCAUGUUGAAGAGAAGAAGGUUGAGGGUACAAAUGGUAUAAAAGAAGAAAUAGUUGCCACAAGGACAGUGAAGUUGGUGCUUGGAGAUGACAUAAGGUCAGCACAGUUACCUUCUGAUUGCAGCAUUGGUUUUGUAAGGGAGAUAGUUUGGGAUCGUUUUCCUGGUUUAGAAGGCGUUCUUAUAAAAUACAAAGAUCAAGAAGGCGAUUUGAUUACUAUCACAACAACAUCCGAAUUGAGGUUAGCUGAAGCUUCAAGUGAUCCUCAAGGCUCUUUGAGACUAUACUUAGUAGAAGUUAGUCCAGAUAAAGAGCCAUCUUACGAAGGGUUCACAAAUGAUGGAUUCCACAACACCAAUAGCUUAAAAUCUAGUGUUUCAGAGAACGGAAACAUGGGACAAAUGUCACAGAUCUCACAAAUCAAGGAAGUAGAGAAAGUAACAACAUGUGUAGAGGACUGGAUUGUCCGAUUUGCAAGAAUGUUCAAAGAUCAUGUGGGAUUCGAAUCUGAUUCGUAUUUGGAUCUUCAUGAGCUAGGAAUGGAUGUAUAUGCAGAAGCAAUUGAAGAAACUGUCACCACUGAAGACGCCCAAAAGCUUUUUGAUAUCGCAGGAGGAAAAUUCCAAGAAAUGGCUGCUUUAGGGUUGUUCAAUUGGGGGAAUGUUCACAUGAACAAAGCAAGAAAAUGGGUUGUUUUUGCAGAAGAAGGAAAUGGAAAACAUGAGCAGGUGAAAACAGGAUACGAAUGGGCAGAAAAGGAAUAUGUAAAAGCAGGAAGACGAUAUGAAGAGGCUCUAAAGAUCAAACCUGAUUUUUUCGAAGGGUUUCUUGCACUUGGUCAACAACAGUUUGAACAAGCAAAGCUUUCAUGGAGUUAUGCAGUUGGAACAAAAACAAGUUUAGAUGCAAAAAUCUUGGAGCUUUACAACAAAGCCGAAGACAGCAUGGAACAUGGAAUGCAGAUUUGGGAAGAAUCGGAGGAAGAAAGGUUGAAUGGGUUGAGUCUGUAUGAUAAGUAUAGGGAGGAUUUGGUAAGAUUGGGAUUGGAGGGGUUCUUGAAAGAAGUUUCUACUGAUGAAGCUGCUGAACAAGCUGCUCAUUUGAGAUCUCAGAUGUAUAUUUUAUGGGGGACUUUGCUUUAUGAAAGAUCUGUUGUUGAAUUCAAAAUGGAUCUGUCAGCAUGGGAAGAAUCUUUAGCUGCUUCUGUUGAAAAAUUUGAGCUUGCGGGUGCAUCACCAACGGAUCUUGCAGUCAUUAUAAAGAAUCACUGCUCAAAUGGAACAGCUUCUGCAGGUCUUGGUUUUAAAAUUGAUGAAAUCGUUCAAGCAUGGAAUGAGAUGUAUGAGGUUAAAAGAUGGCAGACUGGUGUUCCCUCUUUUCGCCUUGAACCGCUGUUUAGGCGUCGAGUCUCAAAAUUGCAUUCUCUCUUGGAAAUGGAACAUCAUUGACAUUUCCAUUUUUACCCUUGGUGUGAUUUAGUCAUGUUUCUUUGUAGAUUCAUUGUCGUUUUCUUUUUUUAAUUGUUUAUUUCAAGGACAAAAAGGGUUCCGAUAAGUGGCCAGAAGCCCAUUUAUUCAUUGGUUUGGACUUUGGUGGUAUACUCUUUACUGUGGGAUUGAUUAAAGUAUUCCUUUGGUUUUAUUUUUUGUAUUAAUUAUUGGAUAGUUUUGUUCACACAGAUUUGAGUAUUGUCUAGUGUAAAACAUUCAUUGUUAAUUUGUUAUAGCUUUCUCUUUGCUCAUGGGAGCAAAUAGGGUUGCAAUUUGUGCAUUGCUUUUGUAAUUUGUUUUGUUUGUUAAGGAUAUAUGAUAUGAUUGUUUUUGUCAACA